GCUGCGUUCAAUUUGAAAAAUCAUUCCAGCCUUAAACAUCAACCGAGGAUCAUCAUCUUAUCUGAAUUUUAUUCUUAUACACAAUAUGAAAUCGUUCAUUGUAUUAUCGGCUCUGGUAGCCCUGACCUACGCCGCACCCCAGUUCCAGUACCAACAACAGCCUCAAUACCAGAAUCAAUUCAUCCCAAUCUUGCGGCAAAACCAGGAAAUUAACCCAGAUGGAUCCUACUCAUUCAGCUACGAAACUGGUAAUGGAAUUAAUGCUCAAGAGCAAGGCUACCUCAAAAACCCCGGUAUUAAAGACGCUGAAGCACAGGUCGCUCAAGGUUCCUUUAGCUACACCUCCCCCGAGGGUAUCCCAAUCAACGUAAAAUAUUACGCUGACGAGACCGGUUUCCACGCCGAAGGUGCUCAUCUCCCCGUCCCUCCCCCAAUCCCAGAAGCCAUUGCCCGCGCUCUCCAGUACAUCCAAUCCCAACCCCAGCAACCUCAGAACCAAUACCAAGGUUUCCGAGGUUAAUUCCUUGUAAAACGACCUGUACCCUAUAAGUAUAAUCAGGUUAAUCCUAAUUCUUAUAGGACGCGAUAUAACCAACGACAAACGUGAGAUCUCCUAUUCACUGAAUGUUUGAAAUGUUGACUCAAUGAUAACUAGUUAUAAAUAUAAUCCUACUGUGAUUUACUUUAUAUUAUAAGAUAUAUGAUAAUAAAAAAAUAGUAUUGUGUA